AUGCAGGCGCUGAGCAGCAAGGCUACCGUGGCGGGCGCCCCGAUUGCGACCUCCAAGCCCAACACUCGCGGUGCUCAGCGCGCGGCUGUGGUGGUGCGCUCCCAGAAGCAGGAGGUCGACCGCCGUGCGGUGCUGGGAGGCCUGGCUGCCGCCGCCGCCAUCUCCACCGCCGCCCCAUCUGAGGCCGCGUAUGGCGAUGCUGCUCGAGUGUUUGCCGGCUCCAUCACCAACAAGUCUGGCUUCAUCCCUUACGCUGGUGAUGGCUUCGCGGUGCUGAUCCCCAGCAAGUGGAACCCCUCCAAGGAGCAGGAUUUCCCCGGCGUGGUGCUCAGGUGCUGCCCGACCCUGUCCGAGGGCGGCUUUGCACCCAACAAGACGGCCGCUGCCAGCGUGCUGGAUGUACAGGAGGCCACUGACAAGAAGGGCAAGAAGUACUACAAGUUCGAGGUGCUGACCCGCGCUGCCGACGGUGAUGAGGGUGGCCGCCACCAGCUGGUCGCUGCCACCGUGUCCAACGGCAACCUGUACCUGCUCAAGGUGCAGUGCGGCGACAAGCGCUGGUUCAAGGGUGCCAAGAAGGAGGCUGUGGGCACCUGGAACAGCUUCACUGUCGUGUAA